AUGUCUCCUGCUCCUGUGCGGGUUGGGGUUGCCUUGUCAGGUGGAGUCGACAGCGCCGUUGCAGCGUUGUUUCUGCAGCGGUGUGUACCUCUGUGGCGCGAUGUGGAGGCGCUGUGGAGUAUGACGCGCCCUAUGUCACUGGGUGUUGUUCGGGAUGCUCUUGAGGAGCGUCGGUCGUGCUCAGAGAUUGGAGUGCGUGCGUCUGUCGCAAGGGCCCGUCACGAUCCCGCUGCGGCUGUUCAUUACUUCCCUCUUUUUAUGAAGAAUUGGGAGGACGUGGCGGAGGGUGGUGACCAGCGCUGGUGUGAAGCCGCACAACGGGAAUACAACGACGCAACUGAUGUUGCUCGCUCGGUCGGUCUGCUGCAAGGGGACGAGAUGUUACCGCUGCACAAUUACAGCGCGUGCUAUGUGGAAAAAUGCUUUGAGCCGAUGUUGAGUGCCUACGCUCGCGGGGCGACUCUCAACGUGGAUGUCUUGUGCAACGCAGAGGUGAAGUUUGAUGCCCUUCUUCGUUCACUGCUUGCCACAGGGAAUGCGCAGUAUCUUGCAACGGGGCACUACGCCCGCACUGUGGCCUUCCCGCAUAAUGAGAGCGACAACACGACGGCGAGACGGGUUGGGAUUGCCAGGCCCUUCUCGGCAAGGCGUGACCUUAACGAUCAGACGGUGUUUUUGUCUCGCCUCUCCCAGUUUCAGACGGCACGGGCAGUCUUCCCUCUGGGUCACGUGUUCGAGCAGAAGACAGAUGUGCGCGCUGUGGCUGCUCAUUUUGGUUUGACACAGGUGAGCGCCAAGAAGACGAGUACAGGGCUAUGUUUUGUAGGCAACCGCUACAGAAACGCAGCACGGGGUGGUGGCAGUGGCUUCAGCACUUUUCUCGAAGAGUACAUUUCCCCGAACGACGCCAUGUUGCGGAGACUGACGGCGGAAGGAAAACAAACAAUAUUUGUUGAUGCCGAAACGAACAGUGUUGUGGAAACAUCACAACUUGUGUUGAUGGGGGAGUGCUGUCAGCCCCUGUUGCCAGCAUACAGUCUAACACUCGGUCAGAUGAUUCGUGGGAAGAGUAAAGAUGGGGCUACAGCGCGAUACUAUGUGCAGGGCAAGGAGCUGUUUGCUGUGCAGAGAUGUGAGGAAAAAGAACAAGAAGAACAUGUGCGUUAUCUGCGCACCGUGAGGCUGGUUGACCGCUGGGACCACCCGCUGCUGUACGCGAUGGUGGCGGAGCUGCGGGAUGUGUUACUGACCGUGCCACCGCACUGGUUUAGCGAGAAGCGGGCCAGUGAUGUGCAACUGCGCUGUCAUUGUUGCGCUCGGCAUCAAGACUCUCUCCGUCCAGCGACAAUGUGCUUCGCGUGGAGCAAUCUGCGUGACGAGGCGGCGGAUGGCUGCAUUCGUGUUUCCCAUGCGUCGGUGAUGUUCGACGAGCCGGUUCGUGCCUUGACGACUGGGCAGGCUCUCGUGGCGUAUGGGUCACUCACGAGGGACGGCGCGGUGGGGGAUGCCGCGGAGUGGUUUGUGCUGGCGAGUGGUUGGAUCGCGUAG